CAACUAGCGUUGCGCUACUGCUUGACUAAAGAUGACAGCACAUUGAAAGAUCUAUACUAAAAUAACCUGCGAAAAAGGCAGCAAUGUGAAUAUUACAGAUUAAACGCUCAUAUCCUAUAAUAAAUUACGAUACAUAAACACAUUCCUAUUUCAGGUGUGUUUUUGAUACUACUCAUGUUGAGCUACCAGUAAAGGAAGGGGAAAGUCUAUUUUCUGUUUCAUCUAUUUUAUGUGCGACAGAGUGAAACUAAAUUACCAAAUGUAAAAACUGCUUUUAUUUCACAGGUGGUGAUUUAUACAAUUAAUCUGGCUUCUGUUGAGGCUUUGCAUUCUUAAUUUUUACGAGCUUCGGCAUUUUCGUAUAUAUCUGACAAGACCAUGUCCGAGUCUCUUCAUACGGACAAAAAAGAACCGUCUAUCACUCCUCAAUUCAUUGGUGUUAGAUUGAAGCCCCCGGCUGUUGCUCUCAGAUAUCUCACUGCAUCAGGAGCUCCGCGAGUGAGACUAAUGCCUGUGCGUGGAUUGCCAACGUACGGACCUGUGACGCUGCAAGUUGCCCAGCUGCGACAACGCCACACAAACUACCUCAGUAAGGUUCCAGACGUGCGACUGGAAAAGCUGGUUCGGCUGCUCCAGGAGGUGUCGUGCGGACGACAGAUGCAGGAGGCGGUGGAGGCUCUCAACAAAGAGUACACUAUUGACCCUAAUCAAGAUCUCAAUAAACUCUCUGACGUAGACAUCGAAAAGAAAAAGAAGAUAAUGGACUCAAGUUUUGUACUGAGUCAAGUGAAGCCUGGAGACCCAGACUACGAGUAUGACAAAAGAGUGGACUUCGCUACUGAAGACCAGCAAGACGCGGGCUGGGAUUCCAGCGAUGAAUUCUACGGCUAGGUAAAACAGUCUUUCAACCAAGGCUUCAAUUUUGUAAGCCCUAAACCAAUAAAUUGUUCAAAUAAAUGCAACGGUAACCAAUUUCAUUGGUAUAUUCCUGCGCAGAGGUCGAAAAUGA